AUGAUAAAUUAAUUUUAAGUUAGUAAAUUGAAAAUAUCAACUCCAAUGGAUAUCUAAAACCAUAAUUUUGAAUACACUCAAAAAAAUUUAAACUAAAUUUAAGUAAAUAAUCUAUUUGAGAAAACAAUUUAAGAUUGUAUACACAGAUCAUCAUUGUAAAUUGAUGUUUUAGAAUAAAUAAGAGCAAGAUCAAAAGACAGAAAAAGCAAUUCAAAGAAUACUACUGGUAAGACAACAAGAAGAUCUUAUGAAUAAAAUUAGAAUUAAUUUGAUUAAAAUCACUUAACUAAACCAAUUAAAUUGAUUUUUUAGUAAGAAACUAAAGAAAAUAUAGAUAUAAAUAUACAUGUGUAACAAAAAUAAUGUGAUAUUUAAAUCAGAUAAAUAGACCUUGAUUAAAUGUUUGAAGAAACAAUAACAAAAAGUAGAUAAAUAACUUAAAAAUUUAAUUUUAUCAGAUGA